AUGAAGAACCCGUUGCACAACCCAUUGCCUGCCUCACUAUCUAGCGAGUGCAAAAAGGCCGCUGCGAUUCUCGAAUCUUUCAUCAACCCGAAACUCAAAAUCGAUGGAGAAAUCCCACGUAAGAUAUUCGCGGGAGCCAAGGGAAUCGCCAUAUUCACAGCACUCAGAGUUGGAUUCUUGGGCUCUAUCCGCUUCGGCUCGGGACUGAUCGUCGCCCGUCUCCCAGACGGCAGCUGGUCCGCCCCGUCAGCCAUGGCAAUGGGCGGCCUCGGUGCCGGCGGUCAAUUUGGCGCAGAGUUGACGGAUUUCGUGUUCGUCCUGACUACCGAUUCAGCAGUGAAGACAUUCAUGCAGUCGGGAAACUUGACUCUUGGUGGGAAUAUAUCCAUGGCUGUCGGGCCCAUUGGUCGGAGUGCCGAGGCUGGGGGAGUAGUGGGCACCAAGGGCGCAACUGGGGUAUUCGCCUACUCCAAGACCCGUGGAUUGUACGGCGGUCUUACAGUCGAGGGUGGUGUGCUUGCCGAGCGUGCGGAUGCAAACAAAAAGCUAUAUGGGCGGAAAAUUCGAGCAAAGGAGCUGCUGAGCGGGUUGAUUCCACCACCACCUGAAGCAGGAGUCCUCAUUGAGGUUUUGAAUGGGGACUUCUUCUGCAUUGAAGGACCUGCGGAAUCAGCUCCAGAGGGCACCGAACAGUCGGGCGAACAAAAUCCCGAGGCUGCUGCGCAACCCCCUGACGGGCAAUUACAGGGGAAUUUGGCGCCUGCUGCUGAUCAGUUAGCAGCUGUCGGGCCAAACGCAGAGCAGACACCUAGAACUGCGGAACCAACCCCGGAGGAAACCGAGCAGUUGCGCGAACAAAGUCCCGAGGCUUCUGUGGGGAUUCUAACGCCUGCUGCUAAUCAGUCAGCAGUCGUCGAGCUAAACGCAGAGCAGACGCCUGGAACUGCGGAAUCACUCACCAGAGAUUCUUACGGUGUAUGCCAUGAGCGAGAUGCUCAUGAGACAACUCCGGCUACUGAAAGUAAACCAGCUACUGAGCUAGCUACCGAUGAAGCAACCGGAGACGCUGAAGUAUCCCACAAAAUCACCCACGUUACCCAUACGUCAAACGUGCCAGAGCCUAUAUCUCCUGCCGAGAAUGUUGCGGCUUUGGAGCCGAGUACACAAUCAGUACCUAAAGGCAAAGAACCGGCAGCUGGAGACGCGGACAAUACCUCUCGUGAGGCAGGUGUUCCGGAGCCUAUCCCCGCUACUGGGCGGUUAUCUGACAGCAUAGACAUUGCUCCAAGUGCGACUCGCUGA